AUGGGCAUUUGUCACUCGGGUGAAGAGACACAACAAGAACAAAAAAGCUUAAAGAUUGAUAAAGAGUUGGAACGAGAUCGUGGACGACGUGAAAAAGAAUAUAAAAUUUUAUUGCUGGGUAGUGGUGAAUCAGGCAAAUCAACUAUAUUGAAACAAAUGAAAAUCAUUAAUCAAAAUGGCUACACUUCGGAAGAAUUACUUUUAUGGAGAGUCAUCGUUUAUAGAAACAUGAUAGAAAGCAUACAAACACUAAUCCAAGCUAUUCUUAGCUUUAAUAUGACAUUUGACAACGAAGAAAAUCAUGAACGUGCUUGUCAAGUAUUAAAUUACCAAAUACCUAACGAUGCUAAAUUUGACUUGGAACAAGAUCUUAUUGAUGCCAUUCAAAAGAUAUGGCAAGAUCCAACCACUUUAAAAUGUAUUGAAGAACAUGGACAUCGGUUUUAUAUGAUGGAUUCAGCACCAUAUUUUUUUGAUGACAUAUCACGCAUUGGUCGAUCAGAUUACAAGCCCACAGAACAGGAUGUUUUACAUGCACGAUUGAAAACAACUGGAAUCACAGAAAUCAAAUUUCAAUUGGGAGGAUUGUUUAUACAUAUGUUUGAUGUUGGAGGUCAAAGAUCAGAACGUAAAAAAUGGAUCCAUUGUUUUGAUUCUGUAGCAUCCAUCAUCUUUUGUGUUGCUCUUAGUGAAUAUGAUCAAGUCUUAUUGGAAGAAUCAAAACAGAACAGGAUGAUGGAAAGCUUAUCAUUAUUUGAAUCCAUCAUUAAUAGUCGAUGGUUUUUACAUACAUCUAUCAUGUUAUUUUUAAACAAAGUGGAUAUUUUCAAAGUUAAAGUCCUUCGAUGCCCUAUGCAAAAUUAUUUUCCUGAUUAUGGUGGAGGAAAAGAUCCAAACAAAGCAGCAAAAUAUAUCUUGUGGCGAUUUUUACAGACAAAUCGUGCUAAAUUGAACAUAUAUCCUCAUUUAACUCAAGCCACGGAUACUUAUAAUAUUCGAUUCGUGUUUGCUGCUGUACAAGAGACUUUAUUACAAAAUGCAUUGCGUGACUCUGGUAUGCUCUUUUAA